AUAGCCGACGAGCUUGUUGUGUUAAACAAAAAACAGUUAUAUCGUCGGAUAUCUCUCUCUCUCUCUCUCAACCAAAUUAUCCAAUUCGAAAACAAAACACAACGAGUCUGAUAUGUCUGAACCCCGAGAUGUUGAGGACCGUGUGGAUUACGAGGAAGGUAGCUACAGUGAGAUGGAGGAUGAAGUGGAGGAGGAGCAAGUAGAGGAGUAUGUUGAGGAAGAGGAAGAAGAUGAUGAUGAUGAAGACGGUGGCAAUCAAGAACCCGAAGUUGAGGAUUAUAGAAAAGGAGAAGGUCAAGAGGAGUUAGCUGAAGAUGAUGACGAUAACCAUAUUGAUAUUGAGACGGCUGAAGAUGAUGAAGACAACCAUAUUGAUAUUGAGACAGCUGAAGAUGAAGAGAAACCACCAGCAUCUCCUAUUGAUGAAGAGUAUUCGCAUCUUCUCUCACUUCCUCCUCAUGGUUCUGAGGUUUUCAUCGGUGGGCUCCCAAGGGAUGUUGGAGAAGAGGAUUUGAGAGAUCUUUGUGAAGCUAUAGGAGAGAUCUUUGAGGUGAGACUGAUGAAAGAUAGGGACUCUGGUGAGAGCAAGGGGUAUGCCUUUGUGGGUUUCAAAACCAAAGACGUUGCACAAAAGGCUAUUGAGGAGUUGCACAGUAAAGAGUUUAAGGGGAAAACCAUAAGAUGCUCCCUUUCUGAAACUAAGAAUAGACUAUUUAUUGGUAACAUUCCAAAGAACUGGACUGAGGAUGAGUUUAGGAAAGUUAUAGAAGAGGUUGGUCCUGGAGUGGAGAACAUUGAGCUCAUAAAAGACCCAACAAACUCCACUCGUAACCGUGGUUUUGCAUUUGUGUUAUACUAUAACAAUGCAUGUGCUGACUAUUCAAGGCAGAAAAUGAUUGAUUCUAACUUUAAGCUUGAGGGUAACGCUCCAACAGUGACUUGGGCAGACCCAAAAAGCUCUCCUGAGAAUUCAGCUGCUGCUGCUCAGGUGAAAGCUCUUUAUGUGAAGAACAUUCCAGAGAACACCUCAACGGAGCAACUGAAAGAACUGUUUCAGAGGCAUGGAGAAGUGACUAAAAUCGUCACACCUCCUGGGAAGGGUGGAAAACGUGAUUUUGGAUUCGUCCAUUAUGCUGAAAGGUCUAGUGCAUUGAAGGCUGUCAAAGAGUCCGAGAGAUAUGAAAUCAACGGUCAACCGCUUGAAGUUGUGCUUGCUAAACCCCAAGCUGAAAGGAAACAUGACUCUUCUUAUUCUUAUGGUGCUGCACCUACUCCUGCUCCCUUUGCUCUCCCAACGUUUGGUGGUUUUGCUGCGCCUGCUUAUGGUGCUAUGGGUUCUGGUUUGGGUAUUGCCGGUAGCUUUAGUCAGCCAAUGAUCUAUGGUAGAGGAUCAAUGCCAACAGGGAUGCAAAUGGUUCCAAUGCUUCUUCCUGAUGGCCGUGUUGGCUAUGUUCUGCAGCAGCCUGGUAUGCAGAUGGCACCACCACCACCAAGACCCAGAAGAGGUGAUCGGAAUAAUGGCUCAAGCAGAGGGUCAGGGAGAGAGAGCAGUGAUGAUCAUGAUGGUAGCCGAGGAGGCCGAAGGUACAGGCCCUACUAGCAGCAUCCCAGCUAAUAGAAAAAAGGAAGCAAGUAGAAAAUGAGAUAAUUGCUGUAUUGGAUAUCUGUUUGUAGUUUUUCUUUCUUUUGAGAACUUAAGAAAAAUCUCUCUCUCAUGUGUUAUAUAAAUUGGAAAUCUAAACCUUACGGUUUCUGGUUUGUUAAGGAGAUUGAUGAGGGGGUUAGGGUUAAGUGGUAUGAUUUUAUUCUCUUAAACUAUGGGAUUUUAAUAAUAUCAGUUAUAACUUCAGGAUGGUGUUAUUUAAGUGUGCUCUUCAGU